AUGGGGUAUAGCGAAGGCGUUGAUGACGUUGUUGAUGAUGAUGAUUUGGAUGAUGGUGCUGGUGUUGUUGGCAGUAAUAUUAACAUGUUAACCGACGACAUUAUGAUGCAGAUCCUUGGAAGAUUUCCUCCUGAAACUCUCAUCAAAUACAAGGGUGUUUCGAGUUCUUGGCGCCGUUUGAUCAUUGAACUUUGCAAUCACCAACUGAUUCCAAAGGAUGGGUAUCCUUUCUCCGGAUUCAUCUUCUCCAUGGGAGGGUUCUUGGGCUAUCCGACCCCACGAGGCAUCUGGUACUGCCACGGACGCUCAUCUUCUCAGCAAAAACUUCUUGGUGCCGAGGAUCAAUCGCAGACCGUGGCCCAAUCUUUCCUUGCUUCGUUACCAAGUCCGUCCAGCCCUCAUGACGACAGAGAAUUGCUAGACUGCUGCAAUGGGUUGUUGCUCUUUCGCCACUCCAAUCUAUACAAAACUCCCAAAUACAUUGUUUGCAAUCCCACCACAAGUGAGUAUGUGGAAAUUCUGGGGAAUGCCUUUGAUCCCCCUGAAGCAAUUGGUGCGUUUGCUUUCAAUCCUUGUGAAUCCCAUCACUAUAAGGUUGUCCUCAUCCCAAAACGGCGUGGUUGUCGUGCCCACUUGAAGAUCUUUUCUUCGGAGAUAGGGAGACAGGGAAGUGGACUAAAUCCAAGCCACAUUAUGAGGAUUUUAAUAAAUAGGCAGGUCAGCAAAACCGAUCAGGUUCAAUCCAUUGAUCUUCCUCUGGCUCGACUUGUUUUGGGAUCAUUCAGAAGAGAAUGUAUUGGGCUGCAAAAUGGGCACAUCCUGCAGUAUGCUUUGUAUAAUGGGAAAGACCUGCUCAUUUUUACACUGGAGCACACCAGUGGUAACAUCUAUGGCUCUCUAAAUAAAGAUGACUUCUAUUGGUCGCUAAAGCACAAUGUUACAGUCCGAACUACUAACAAUUUUUUGCAGCCUACCGUGCAAAAUCCAUUCAUGUGGUUUGAGAUUUAUGCUUUUUAUCCUGAUUCAAACGUUAUUGUUAUGGGUUAUAGAAAGCUGAAUAGUCGAUUCUCUGUAUAUUGCUACAAUUACAAGCUUCAGAGGAUUGAGGAGCAUACCAAAAUGGUAAACUUCAAUGUGACAGGAGAUGAUAAUUUAUCGGUGCUCCCUUUUGCUCGUUGCUUUCUUUCGUUGCCCAAAUGCAGAUCAGAGUUUGCCCUUGCAGAUUCCAAAAUGUGCGACGUCGUCUAG